CAAAUUUCGAAAAAAAAGAAGGAGCGCACAACACACCGUAAAACUAAAAUUUCCUCCCACCAAAACCAACAAGACCAUAAUCAUUUCCAAAAACUACCAAACGGCCUAAAAAUGAAAGACGUCUCAGGAUCAGUGGUGGUGAUCAUGGUGCCUCUCCCGGCGCAAGGCCACCUCAACCAGCUCCUCGAGCUCGCCUACCUUGUCGCCUCCCAUGGCAUCCCCGUCCACUACGUGGGCUGCGCCUCCCACAACCGCCAGGCCAAGCUCCGCUCCCACAUCCCGCCAUCAUCCUCGUCCUGCGACGUCUGCUUCCACAACUUCCCAACCCCGCCCUUCCUCUCCCCCGCCCCGAACCCUAAUUCAACCUACAAGUUCCCGUCCCACCUCCAGCCGGCGUUUGAUGCCGCUUCAUUGCUCCGAGGCCCCGUCGCCUCCCUCAUCCGCUCCCUCUCCUUGGAGUCGAGGCGGGUCGUUGUGGUCCACGACUCACUGAUGGGGUCCGUGGUCCAGGACGCUGCCUUAGUCCCCAACGCCGAGAACUACGUCUUCCACUCGGUUUCUGCCUUCGCGCUUUACUGGUACACGUGGGAGGCCACAGGGAGGGUGCUCCCACGGGAGGAGGAGGUCGAUAUUGCGGAGCUUCUCUCCUCCAAGGGCUUCCCGUCCCUCCAGGUCUCCUUCUCCAACGAGUUCUUGAAGUUCAUCGCUUCGCAGCACGAUUUCAAGAAGUUAAGCUCGGGGAGCAUCUACAACACAUGCAGGGUUGUCGAGGACCGUUAUGUAGACUUAUUUGCCAGCGCAACAUCGAACUGCAUCACAACCAAGCACUGGGCAAUCGGGCCGCUCAACACGGUCAAAGUACCCGAAAAGAGUUCUAGAAGAUCAGCUCACGUGUGCAUAAAGUGGCUUGACAAGCAAGCGCCGAGCUCAGUGAUAUACGUGUCCUUCGGCACCACGACGGCUCUGAGUGACGAGCAGAUCCGCGAGAUCGCAAUCGGGUUGGAACGUAGCGGACAGAAGUUCAUCUGGGUAUUGAGGGAAGCUGAUAAGGCGGACAUUUUCAGCGGAGGAGGAGUGACGAGGAAAAUCGAACUGCCCCAAGGGUUCGAAGAGACUGUGGAGGCUCGAGAUUCCGGCAUGGUGGUGAGGGACUGGGCACCGCAGCUGGAGAUCUUGGGGCACCCAGCGACAGGCGGAUUCUUGAGCCACUGCGGGUGGAACUCUUGCAUGGAGAGCAUCAGCAUGGGAGUGCCGAUCCUUGCAUGGCCUAUGCAUUCGGAUCAGCCCAGGAAUGCAGUCUUGAUCACACGAGUCCUCAAGAUUGGACUUAUUGUCAAGGAUUGGAUGAGCCAAGACGAGGUCGUGGAGUCCUCCACUAUCCAAGGUGCCGUGAAGGCGCUCAUGGCGUCGGAGGAAGGGGAGGAGACGAGGAAGACUGCGGCCGAGUUAGGGGCGGCCGUCCGGGGGUCAAUGGACGAGGGUGGAGUUUCUCGGGCCGAGUUGGACUCUUUCAUCACUCAUAUCUCUAGAUAAGUUGUCUCCCCUUUUUUAUUCUGUUUUUAGCAUUAAAGACUUAUCUUAGUUAACCAGAGAGAGAGAGAGAGAGAGAGAGAGAGAGAGAGAGAGAGUCCUAUAUAAAGUCAGUUUGCGAGUGAUUCAACGCAAAAAGGAAUCAAUGUAUAUAUAAAUCAUAUGAGAACUUGUAUCUUCAGUAAGAUGUA